AUGGAAAAUUGUGGCUUGAUGCUGAUAGAUGAUGGUGCAGUUGACAUUCCGAUGAGCCGGGUGAAAUUCAACGUCAACACAGAAUAUGCAUACAUACAGAAUUUCAAAAUCCUACAGAAUUGCUUUACCAAACAUGGCAUCGAUCGAACCGUCCCAGUCGAGUCUUUGGUCAAGUGCAAGAUGCAAGACAACCUGGAGUUUCUACAGUGGUCAAAGAGGUUUUGGGACCAAUACUUUCCCGGGCACGAUUACGACGCGGUCGCGCGGAGAAAGGGAGCCGGCGCGCCAGCAGCACCAGCCCCGGCCGCCGCAAGAACCAGCACUGGCACGAGCACUACACGAAAACCUGGCACUACCCCUGUGAACCGAACAGCCCCUCGGGCUAUUGGAGCUUCCACGGCCGGCACGACAGCCCUGAAGCAAGAGAACGAGCAGCUGAAGGAGGCGAUUGCCGGCUUGGAGAAGGAAAGAGAUUUCUACUUCAGCAAACUCCGCGACAUUGAACUGUUGCUUCAGACGGCAGUUGAGCAAGAUCCAGCGAUAGAGGAAGACGAAAAUGGAUUGGUGAAGAACAUCCAAGCCAUACUCUAUAGCACAGAGGAAGGAUUCGAGAUUCCCGAUGUGGAGGCCAAUGGUGCCGAAGAGCCGGAGACUUUUUAA